AUGAAUUUUCAACCAUCCAUGGAUCCGAAUGUUAUUGGUGGUGGCAGCAUGACGAGGGAUGAACAAUGGUUGGUGGAGUCAAUGGCUGAUCUUUUGCUUGUGGGGCGGGAAAGGUUUGAGAAUGAUUCCAGAGGAGCAGUGGAAUUUUAUAUCUACAAGUUAAACAUUGCUGCCAAAACAUGGGAGAAGGUGGAAUGUUUGCGUGAUUGUGCUUUAUUUUUGGGCAGAAAUCAACCGGCAAUGUCAUUAUCCACCCAAGAAUUGCCAGGAUUAAAAGAAAACUCGAUUUAUGAGGGGAAGUUGCAGAAGGGUUGUGAUGAUAAUUUUGAUAUUCAUGUAGGAGUAUACAACCUAGAAACUAAACUUGUUGAACCAUAUUAUACAACUCCAGUGCCAGAGAACGCUAGUUUUUCAUCACUCGUUUUGAUUGUGCCUAGUCCUUUCGGCCCAAUAAGAGAAAAGAUUGUGCUUAGUACUUGGUUACGUUAG